AGACGAUUUAUUCUUUCCCCUCUUUCCAUUAAUUUCUCUGCGACUUGUACCCACUGUGCAAUCACCUCCAUCGGAUCUGAUAUCUCACUGUCAUUGUAAUUUAACCUUCAUAAUUGGACCUUUUUCAUUCAUAAUACCCCAUCAUGUUUUCUACGGGAGAACGUAAAAAGCCGGUCCUGCUAUGGAUUCGUGGCUCAAAGGUGUUUGUCCUAGCCACGGUUGGAAUUGGUCUUUUCGUCGAUAUGGUAGUAUACGGCAUCAUUGUUCCUAUCAUUCCAUUCAUUAUUCUUUCCAUUGACAUGGGAAACUCGCCCGAAGAUGUCGAUCCCAAUGCCACUCCCGGUGAAAAUGCGCAAGUGUCGCAACAAACCGGUGUGUUGCUGGCGCUGUUUGCUGCCGGUAUCCUUGUCGGAUCUCCGCUUUUUGGAUAUCUUGGUGAUAAAAUGCAGAGACGUCAAGGUGCCAUGUUGCUUGGCAUUCUCGGUUUGAUUGGAUCCACCCUCUUGUUCAUGUUUAGCCGCCAUUAUUAUGAACUGCUCAUUGCUCGGUUCCUUCAAGGAUUCUCUGAUUCGUGUGUGUGGAUCUUGUGUCUUUGCCUGGUGGCAGAUACAUUUCCCAAAGGCGAAUUGGGCCUGCAGAUGGGCAAAGUCAUGGUCUGCUACUCUAUUGGCAUGACCAGUGGACCCCCUAUAGGAGCCUUAUACCAUCAACUCGGAUUCAAAGCACCAUUUAUCUUUUGCAUCAUCCUUGCCGCCAUUGAUUUUAUCAUGCGAUUGUUGAUUGUUGAGCGACGACGUAACCCCAAAGAAUGGUUUGAGGACAUGGACAGAGCGGCUGAAGCCAACAAAAAGCAAGCUUUGCCCACACCGGACGAGAAAUCAGUGGUCGAUAGUGCCCACGUACCAGCUAAUACCAUUGUAGAAGACGACCCUGCCGUCAUCGAGGAGGCACCCACUGCCGUGUCCGUAUCGCCUGAAGCUGCCAUUGACAACAAGCCCACUUUGACAUUGCGGUUGUCAGAUGAAUGGAAAUACAAUACAUCACAGAUUGGUGUGGUAUUUUUGGCUCAAGUCCUUCCUGGCUUUGUCUCUGGGCCUCUGGCUGGUCAUCUUUCCGACAAGUAUGGUGCUAAAAUUGUCAUGCUCCCGUCCCUUACCAUCACGGCGGCUAUGUGCAUGAUUCUUGGCAUUCCAAGCCAAUCAACCACCAUUGCGCCGUUGAUUGUGAUUUUGGUGUUGGAAGGAUUCUUCGGUUCAGCCGUACUGUCGCCUAUUUUGUCUGAAAUUGCCGCGGUGGUUGCUCUGGAGAACAAGGAGGACGGCGAAUCCGAUGGAUUUGCAAAGUCGUAUGCUGUUUUCAACAUCGCCUUUGCUGGCGGUAUGCUUGUUGGCCCCCUCAUGGGCGGUUACAUCUACUCUUCUAUUGGGUUCUUCUGGCUCAAUAUCAUUUUGGGUUUCAUCAUGGUGGUUUGCAUCCCCAUUGUUUGGUUCUGGGUCGGGGUCAAGGGAAAGCUCAUUCAACGCCCAUCUACCGAGCCUACGCUGGAUGAAUCAUCGUCGCCUGUACCAGAGGAGAAACCGACGGUUCUGACAUCUUGAUCACUUUUGUACC